AUGAAGGGAACCUCAGUGCUACCGAGUUGGCGGGACUUGAGACAAGUGAGAGAAACCACCCACGAAUCGGGUGGUUAUGACUCCCGACAGAUUAGUUCCGGGUACUUUCUCGCUCUCCAAACGCCUUGGGAUGUUCGAGAUGACAUCUGGGAUCUCGCGAUUCGCCCUAGGCUGCCGGGGGUACACAUCUUCACCAUCUACGGGGAGGUUGACGAUACUAAAUCGUCACUACUCUCCCAGUACGAGCUCCGCUGCAACAGGGGGUACCCUCAUGGUGUAGCGGCUCCUCGAAUUUCUCCUUCAUACGAUGAUGACGAAGAGGAACAAUUGUCAUGGACGGCAGGCAACCGCUCAACCUACUUGAUGGAUUAUGGGCUCUGGACCGUCUGUACGGAGUCGAGAGCGGCGAUGGAGCGACGGUUCAAAAUAGCCGGACAGAAGAUGAUGCCAAGAGAGUGUCGGAGAGGAUUCCCCAUGACGAGUUAUACGGAGUCUCUAGAAGAUGAUAGGAAGAGCGUAGAAAAUGAUGCGGUCCACAUUGCCCUCGACUACGACCUUACCAGUGGGGAUUGGGAUUGGGAUAACCCGGGGGACGAGUGUGUCAUCCGGGCAGCCGCUGAUGGCCUUUACUUUUACGAAAAAUUUGUGGUUCGUCGAUUACUCUUUACGACGAAGGGCAAGGGUUCGACCUACACUGGACCGGCACCAGUUUCAUGGCAAUGGCUGCAGAUUUACUUAGUAAGGUGCGCCGGGGGGUCCAAGUGA